UCGACAGUCAAGCGUGGAGGACCGUCGAUGGUGCGCGUUCACGAGUUUGCAUGCGAAUCGAAUACAAUGUACGCGCGUGCGUCCGCGUUCACCGCGACGCAGGAAUCCGAGGACAUCGGGGUGCGUAGCACGUGAUCGUGCGUGGGUGCGUGAGUUCGUGCGUACGUCCGGGGCGCGGACUGCGCUUCACGGAUGACUUCGCGCCACGAACAUGGAGCCUCUACGAGGUAUACUUUUCGAGUGCCGUUAAGGAUCAUCAUGAGCGUCGACUGUGGAGAGAGCCACGAUUGUGUCCUAGAUCCGUGAUUCGAGAUAAAGAGAGAGAGAGAGAGAGAAGAAGAAAAGCAAAAAGGACAAUUUGAAAAAAAGAAAGAACGUCAAACCGGUUGGCGAAUUCGAUAAGAUCCGCUGCGCAUUAGAGCUGAUAUUGCUUCGAUUAAGUGUUACUGGAGGUGACCGUAAACAGCAUGACAUUGAUAGUGUCAGUUAUCAUCGUUCUAUCCGUCUUGGCUAAUGUCUUGCUAGCCGACCUCGAUCCUCGGGGUACCAGGUGUGGCGAGAUACUUUGCGACAUCUCGCAGUAUUGUAGCCCCUUCGAUCUACAUUGCAAACCAUGUGCAGAUGCAUGUAACGCCACGAGUCACAAUUAUCAGCCAGACGAGUGCAAAAAAGACUGUCAAUUUUAUCUUCAUGAUCAGCGCUAUAUUCAACGCAUGGAUCAAUCAAGACAGUACGAUGAUCUCAGAGAGGAGGUCGAGAGGCUUAAAUAUAGGUUCGUGAUCACAACGAUUUUAACCUGUUUCUCACUGCUCGGAAUGUUGUACCUGUUGGCAAGGACCUUAAUACGGUGGAAGAGGAUUCAAGAGUCUUUACAAACUAUAUUUCGAAGGAAUAUAAAAGUGAAGCAGGCUAAUAAGAACAAAGUGCAAGAUGACGUCGAGGCCGCGACGAAUAAGCAAAAUGGUCUCAAGUUGACUAUACCAAGCAUAAGUGCCACGGUGGAGCAAGAAUCCAAGAUCGAGAAUAAUAAUAGUAGUAGUAAUAGUAAUAGUAAUGGGAUUAAUACUACACCGAACACCACGAGCACUCCUCUCUCACGACGGCACGCUAGCGAGGAUACUACUCUCGAUUAUGCUUACGAUAAUCCGGCGAUGACACCGAGCCCGGACUCCGCGCAGCUUAAGACGAAGGCUCGCGAGAGUUCGUUUUAAGAUUAUGGGCAUUUAAGAUAAGAAUAUAUGUACGCAGGAUCAUUCUCGACUUUACUCGAAAAAGUAUAAAUCUCAAGGUACUUAAGCUUAAAAAGAAAAGCAUUUAGAUAAAUAUUUGCUUGUUCUAAAAAUACAUUUUGAAGUUCCACUUGUCCGAAUAGGAACAACUUUUGUGGCAAUAAUUGCUUUUGUGAAAAAAUGAACAAGACAUACAUAUAUUUACCCAGAAUAUUGAGGAAAAGAUUCCUUUAUCGAAAACUUCGAUAAUUCUGGCUUAAGUGGACAGGAAAAUGAAAAUAAGAGGAUGUGGCGAAGCGUAUAGGCGUAAAAUGUGACGUGGCUAUUCUGUCUUGUUCUGUGAAUACAUUGAGAUAUAAGAUUUUUCGCGUUUUUACAAUUUUUCGAGCUACAUUGUUAAUACAUAUUGGUAUGUAUGAGCGAUCACUCAAUGAGAAAUCACUCAAUGCAUCGUUUUAUCUUUUUUAAAUGCUCUCGCAAUUUUACGUAUGUUGAACAGUUUUUAAGAAUGAUAUUCAUAGUCGAUAGUUCUAUGAAUGACCACAGUGUCAUAGAGAAUAAUCGUAUUUCUACAUAAUUAUUUUUUAUUCCCGACAAUCCCUGAAUCAUUAAAUGCCAAGUCAUAAAACAAGUGAUUUCCUGAUAUUUUCGAUGACUUGGAGAAAUGACUUGGAGAAACGAUGAUGAUGAGAGGUGCAUGGCUCAUUUUCGACUACGUAUUAAUUACACUUUGAUGGAAGAAGUAUUUGAAAAAUAACGUUUACGUAUAUCUUUUACAUCGAGACUAUAAACGUCGUCUUAAUAGAUCACUUGUACAGUUAUAACAUAGUAAUGUAAGUUUUGGAGUGACUCGUGAAUGCGUAUCACGCCUCCGCGAACCAUGCGGCUGUGUGACUUAAUUAAAUAGUUAUUAACGCGACGUGCUCGUAAGAUGUAGACGCGCGCAGUGCAAUCUUCUCGACUUUAUCUUCUUGAUCUUAAACUGCUGGUGAAACACUAGUUUCCGUGAAAUUGCUAUACUAGCUCCAAUACCUUCGUCUGUUAGAUAAGCUGUAAGUGCCCCUAAAGUUAUCCUUUUGCUAGUUCUUUAAAUAAAUUUUUAAGUUUGUUUUAUAGUUAUCUUCUAUUGAUAAAGGCUUUAUGCAUGGAUAUUUACUGUGAUGCUAAAAAAUUCCAUUUACAAAUGAAAUUAAUGAAUGAUUAGUAAAGAAAUUCCAUAUUUUUUAGGAAAUUUUUUCUUAGUGUUUUUACGAUUAGUUUACAAUCGCUAAAAUUAUAUCAAUAGCCCGAAUUAAAGAUCGAUGAUUGGCGCAUAAAUUUCUAUUGUAUUAUGCACAGCGCGUGUCCAUUUAGAAUUUUAAUAAUAGAUAUAUAAUAAAUAUUUUAAGAAAUCGCAUCCUUAUCAGCCAUUCCGUCCAUGAAAGGCCUUCCGAGCAAACGUGCUGCGUAUAAGGUCGCGCACAUUGCAUAGGUCAGUGACGUUGCACGCGAGAACGAAGGGAAAUCGAUAACAAUUUUAUCACGAACCGCGGUGAGUCAAGACACAAUGCAUUCUUGUGAAAUUCCGCUGCAAUGUAAAUUCAAAUAACAGCCAUUAAUCUUGUUAAAAAUUUUAAAAAAUGAUUACAUACAAAUACAAUUUGCUCAAAGCAGAUAUGCUCAAUAAUCACUUACUU